AUGUUGUCUUCAACGUCAAGGGUCCCGUUAGGUUUUGCCGCGAUUGUUUGCGUUAUCACGAUAGUGCUCCUAGUCUACAACACCGUCUUCAACAUACCUGUUGCUUUCUCGGUAGUAACUUACGGCCAUCACCUCCCUCUCAUAGCGACUUCGAUUGGAGAUCUUGGCUGGGUCACUGAUCCCGUCUUGAACGAUGGGGGCAUCUAUCAUGAUGGUGGAGGCGGUGCUAGUACAAAUGGGUACCAUGUCCAGAUCUUCGCUGACUCGGCUACGAACUCAAGCGGCUUUAAUUUUGUGCACAACUCUGUUGCUUAUUUUGGCUAUAGAGAGCCAGGAAAUCCCAUAAAACAAUAUCAAUUCGGUAUGAAGGGACUAGAAGGCGAAGCCAUAUUUAGCGGCAUUGUACCUGUCGGACCGGAAGGGAAUGAAACUGAUGUUGGCCCUAUAUUUGCCGUCUGGAUGUUGAGCGGUAUGACCCCAAUGCCGGACGGGCAAACUCUUUUGGGAGUAUUCCCGUGUUUGAAUGAAGGGACUAGCACAGACUUCUACAACACGAUGGUGCAGAUGAACGUCACAGACCCCGAGACUAUUGCACCAGGAGAGAGCCCUCCGUUCAAACGCCUCGGUAAUGGAAGACUUUUCUACGCGAACGAGGUAUACUAUGGUACUUUUGCUCUAGAAGUAAAGCCUGAUGGAUAUCUGUAUUUGUACGGCUCCGAUGUGACGGGGAUAAAGUUGGCCAGGACACCAAGUACGCCUAGCAGCAUCGCAGAUCGGAAUCAGUAUACUUAUUAUAACUCUGCGACGAAAUCAUGGCAAAUAGAUCCUCUCACCAAAAAUGAUGCAACAGGAAAUAUCAUCACCUGGAGCGUACCAUUGAUUGUAGAAGGCCCUAAAAAUGGAACUUUACUUGGGCCAAAUGUAGGUGAUGUCUGGUAUGAUAACUACCACAAAACGACAGUGAUGAUGUGGAACGAUGCGGGUAUAGAUGCGACAUUUUGGUUCAGGUACGAAACCUAUGUGGAAAGUGGUGAGGUAGAACGCCCUUGGAGUAAGCCUGUCGCCAUUUGGACACCGCCAAUUCCUCCUGAGUGUGCUGCCGCACCGGAGCUCAAUUUCAAUUACCAAGGUCACGCGCACCCUGGAUGGGAUCCGACGGGCAAGACUCUUUUG